CUACGAUUGGCGGCCAUUCGAAUUGAGGGUGCAAAAGAGAUGAGGAAGUCUUUCCUGACAAGGAUAUGUAGACCCUAUACAGAUGCAGCACUAACACCAACAUUUCUCAAUCGAUUCAUCUAUGGACAUCGAUUAGAUCAGAUCAUGCCUGGACAAUCCACUACUUUGCCCGGUCUGAUAGGACUACUUGGAUCGAUUGGAAAUGAUUUGGGAGGAUUAGAUGCUUUUGCCGAUAUUCAAGCAAGCCUUCAGCCUUCACUCGUUGUCAAUUCGAUAGACCCUUCAAGCCCACUAAUAGCGAGCGAGGAAGAUGUCGAUGUCGUAUUCACUUGCAAGCAGAAACCCAGAUUCUUUUUAAAGACCAGUACGGACGUUGGGAAUGGUGAAGGAAAUGCUGCUAUUCAGGCUAGAAUACGAAAUGUGUUUGGAGGUGCGGAACAAGCGGAAUUCUCUGCAACAACUGGAACGAGAACUAGGCAAGCAUUUAACGCUUCUUUAAGUUGGCCUAUGUUUGCCCUUCCGGAUCAUUUAUUCACUGCAAGUGCAUAUGCUCAAGAUAGAGAUCUUUCUGCCUUUUCCAGCGUAACAGAAGGAUCAAGAGGUGCAAAGUUGGCCAUGCGAUUCAAUCGAUCUAUGGUAGGAGGCGGUAUUCAUGAAUUCGCAUACGAGCUCGCACAUCGGCAUUUGGGAAGGCUGAAGCCAACUGCUUCAUUGAGUAUGCGUUAUGCUGCCGGACACUCUAUCAAGAGCAGUAUCAGCCAUACAUUCACGCAUGAUACCCGAGAUGAUACGUGUAUGGCAACUAGUGGAGCACUUUUCAAAACUUUGUGCGAAUAUGCUGGUCUAGGAGGAGAUCAGCAGCACGUAAAAGCAGAGGUAGAAACUCAACUUUCGCGCCGUUUUGGAAUGCUUUCUGGUUUGGACGACGACUUUGCCGUUUCCUUCUCUGCUCGAACUGGAUUCCUGUCAUCAUUGAAUGGAAGAUCGCCUGCAUUCAGUGACAGAUUUCAGCUAGGUGGACCUACAAGUGUUCGAAUGUUUCGGUACAAUUCCCUUGGACCUAAAGACGGUUUGGACUCUUUAGGAGGAGAUGCAUACCUUUCUACGGGCACAUCACUUAUUGCACCCUUUUGGCCUGGUAAGGCUCAUUGGCCAUUGAAGUGGCACGCAUUCGUCAAUGCCGGUCAACUCGUUCAACUUGACCACAGCAAACUAGCCAAUGCUAACACAACAAUCUCUAAUGGUAACAUCUCCGCAGUUUGGAAUGAUAUGAUUUCCAAACCAUCUUGUAGUACAGGCGUUGGAUUGAUGAUCCGACAAGGUGGCCUUCGUGCCGAGAUUAACGUUGGUGUUCCGCUCACGAUUCGUAAAGGCGAUGGAGCAAGAAAAGGCGUUCAAUUGGGAAUCGGGAUCGACUUUUUGUAA